AUACGCGGUAAGACUGUGGCAGAGAGAGACAGAAAGACAGACUUAUAUAUAUAUACACGUAUAUAAAUAUAUAUAUAUAUAAAUAAUAUAUCAAGAUAGAUUUCCUGUUUCAGCACAAGAAAAAUAAUAGCCAGCGUUAUAAGACUGGCAUAGAAACAACGUUUACACGAGCAAUUGAAACAAGAACCAAACAUGAGACUGCUAAUAACUCUUGCGAUAAUCUCGGUGGUAGUGAUGGUAUGUUGCAGUCAUCCCAUGGAAAUGAGAAAAAAGAAAGACGGCGAUGAGAAGGCAAUGCCACUCAAUACUGACAGAAACAGCCAUGCAGUGAAAAGAGCCAAAGAGGUGUUAAUGUUUGGCAACCAACAGAACUCGCCCAGAGUGAAAAAAUCCGACACCAAACCAGAUAAGGAGGUGCCUCUUACUGGCCUCAAUAGUGACGAAGACAGCAAGGAACACAGACUGACAGGAGACCCGGACGAUGACGGUUCGAAUACGGGCAAAUCAUCUUCCACUUCUUUGUCCUCAUCAUCAUCUUCUUCGUCUUCUUCCGAAGAGUUAAAAAGUGAACCAGAUGACGUCGACGAAAACAAGACGGAGGAGGACGCAGAGAAAAAACCCGAAGGCCUAUUAGGAGACGACCACAAUGACGAAAGCGACGACGACGAUGACAGCAAUAGUAAUGACGAUGAUGGCGUUCCAGACAGUGGCAGCCACGAUCAUGACAACAACGACGAAGAUGAAGGUGACGAUAGCGAUGAAGAGGAGGAUGACGACGACGAUAUGUUAAAUGAUGAAAUGGAACAAGAGCUAGUAAACAAUGACAGUGAUGACGACCAAGACGACGACGAAGACAAUAAUAAAUAUAGGGCCAGCAAGAAGAGCUCCGAUCUGCCGUUGUUUCCGGAAGAUUCCAUGGAUCCCGGCGACACGUCUUCCAAACUGAACAGUUAUGCUUUGACCGAGGAACUGCCGUUGAUGAAGCCCGAAGAGGAAAUGAUUCCGGAGAGAGAGCUGCCAGAACUAGUAAAAGCCGGCUUACAACCAUCCCAGCAAAACAGCUAUGAACACUUGAUGCAAGAAUAUGAAAACGAACCUAUCGAUGUCCAAAGAGAACGAAGCUUCCAAGAAAACCCACUACUUAACUACAUUUAUCGGAGACGCAGGGAAUUGCAAGACAGGUCACCGAGGACCAAACGUGGUCUAUACCUUUCAGAAGAUUCCCAACGGUACAUGCCAGCCGAAAUGCCAGAGAAACUCGUCUCACUUGAUUCUUGGCCAAAUGCCUACACCCAAAGCGAACUCCUCGAGAAAGAGGCACCUUACCAAAUCGACAAUAGCGAACUGGAAGGCGGUUAUGGAUACGACAAAAGAUUGGCAGCAGAUUUCGAACGAGAAAAUGAACGAGAAAGCACCAGGGACGAAAUCGAUGAGGAGUCACUUCCAGAGGAAAGCGAAGAGGAGGAUAUAAACAUGCCCUACGAAGAAGUAGUCCUCAACGGACAACCAGGUUACUUCAUACCAGCCAAGAGAGUUUUCUUCCCCUACUCGGAAGAGCCGCGUAGCCAUUACAGUGGUUUGGUCGGCAACAAACGUAGCGAACCGGAUGAAGACGUAGAUUAUUCUCGCCUUCUUGAAUUGGCGAGAGCUCUAGCCGUACAGAGAGACGGCAACGCUGUUGCGAAGGAUGAAGAUAGUUUCGCCGAAAAGUGAUGCAGUCGACAUACGUUCAAUUCCACUACACCAACAAUCUUGUGAAAUGUCAACCUCUGCUAAGAAUACCAGCACUCUAAGAA